AUAAAAGCAGCAAAGGGGAACCCAGCUCCUACUGAGCACCUGAGGUCAGCGCUUCAUAUUUGCACCCGGCAGCUCUGAAGCUCCUCCUCCAGCUCCUGCUCCAGCUUUGUCUCUCAUCUCCAAGUAUCUUGGCAAAGCAGCCAUGGCUCCCUCGCUGGCUACUGCCUUCUCCCGCCGCUGGUGGAUGGCAAUUACAGCAGUGGUAGAGAACUUGCUCUUCUCUGCUGUGUUACUAGGCUGGGGCUCCCUGCUUAUAAUGCUCAAGUCAGAAGGCUUCUAUUCCUACCUGUGUCAGGAGACUGGGAACAGCUCAGAGCUGAACCUCACAGCACUGUCUCCGAGCCCGACGCCGGCCGACGAGGAGUACGUGGACUAUGAGCGGGAGGCAGAUGCCCCAAAUGGCAUGGAGGAGGCACUGCACAUGAAUGGCUGGCUCAUCUGCAAGGAGCAGGAUGAGAUGUUGAACCUGGCCUUCACCAUGGGUUCUUUCCUCCUGAGCGCCAUCACACUGCCCCUGGGAAUCGUCAUGGAUAAGUACGGCCCUCGAAAGUUGCGACUGCUUGGGAGUGCCUGUUUCGGCCUCUCCUGCGUCUUCAUCGCGUAUGGAGCCAGCAAGCCGGAAGAUUUGUCUGUCUUGAUCUUCGUUGCCCUUGCACUGAAUGGAUUUGGGGGAAUGUGUCUGACAUUCACAUCUCUGACGCUGCCUAACAUGUUUGGUGACCUCCGGUCCACCUUCAUUGCCCUCAUGAUUGGGUCCUAUGCCUCCUCAGCUGUCACGUUUCCUGGGAUUAAGGUGAUCUAUGAUCUGGGUGUGACCUUCAUUACCAUUCUGUUGGUGUGGGCUGGCUGCGCUGGCCUUGUCUUCAUCAACUGCUUUUUCAACUGGCCACUGGAACCUUUCCCUGGGCCCGAGGACAUGGAUUACACUGUGAAGAUCAAGUUCAGCUGGCUUGGCUUCGACCACAAGAUCACGGGGAAGCAGUUCUACCGGCAGGUGACCACCGUGGGACGCCGUCUGAGCUCGGCCAAUUCGCUGAAGCACGGCCCCCGGGACCUGGCUGCACUGGAAGGCCACAAACUCUGCCUCUCCACCAUGGACCUGGAGGUUCAAUGCAAGCCACAAGAGGAGUCCCAGUCUUUCAUGCGAAGCGUCUUCAGCCCCAUCUUCCUGCUCAGCCUGGUCACUAUGUGUGUCACCCAGCUACGUCUCAUCUUCUACAUGGGUGCCAUGAACAACAUCUUGGAGUCGCUCAGUGACGGAGACCUGAACACAGUGAGCUUGUACUCCUCCAUCUUUGGCGUCCUGCAGCUGCUAUGUCUGAUGACCGCUCCAGUCAUCGGCUACAUUAUGGACUGGAAACUCAAGGAUUGUGAGGAUGGGGAUUCCAAAGAGGAGGCUAGCAAGGAUCUGAUCCAACCCAAGAAGCGUGACCGGCAGAUCCAGAAGGUCACCAAUGCCAUGCGUGCCUUUGUCAUCACCAACAUGCUUCUAUUUGGAUUUGGAAUUACCUGCCUGAUUCCCAACCUGCCCCUGCAGAUUCUGUCAUUCAUCCUUCAUACCAUCGUGAGGGGCUUCAUCCACUCAGCCGCAGGGGGACUUUACGCUGCUGUGUACCCGUCCUCUCAGUUCGGCAGCCUGACAGGAAUGCACUCGCUCAUCAGUGCCGUGUUUGCCCUGCUGCAGCAGCCCCUCUUCAUGGCCAUGAUGGGCCCCUUGGAAGGGGACCCACUCUGGGUGAACGUGGGCCUGUUGGCACUCAGCCUGCUGGGAUUCGGCCUGCCCCUGUACCUAGUUUGCUUCCGAAAGGAACUCAUCCAGAGGAAGCAAGAGCGCGACGAUGAUGCCAAGAUGUAUGUGAAAAUCAACGGCAGCAGCAGUCCUGAGGUCUUCGUGUAGCAGGCAGGUGGAGCCAGAUGGGGGAACUGGGGUGACAUGUCUGCGUACUUUUCCAGCUCCAUCCAGGAGUGUGUGGCAAUCCAUCACCUCUUUGGCCAAGAGCCCUCUUGAACUAAGGUGCUAAUGUUCCUGACAUAUACGUCUUGUCAGUCACACACCCACACAUGGCCACUCACUUGUGCGCUAUUUGGUGUAGAAUGUAAUUCUCAUUCUCACACAGACAUGCCCCCUCAACACCCCGAUGCACAUUAUGUGUGCACACUCAAUACACAAAACCUGUGUGUUUACUGGGUUUCACUCUGAAGACAACCUAGAAUGUACACACAAAAAGAUACGCAACACACACACACACA